AUGGCGUGGCGGCGACGCGCGCUGCGGCUGGCGGCCUGCGGGCUGGCGGGCGGCUCGGCCGCGCUCCUCUUCUCCGCCCUGGCGGCGGGCGAGCUGCUGCCGGGCUGCGGCAGGGACGCCGCCGGGGCCGGGGCCGGGCCCGGGGUCUGGGACGCCAACUGGGACCGCCGGCAGCCGCGCCGGGCCACGGCCACGAGGCACCUGUUCCUCGUCCGCCACGCGCAGUACCGCGGCCGCGGCGCCGGCGACUCGGGCGGCGCGCUGACCCCGCUGGGCCGGCAGCAGGCCGAGCUCACGGGGCUCCGACUCGCCAGCCUGGGCUUCAGGUUCGACCGACUCGUCCACUCCUCCAUGAGCCGCGCCGUCGAGACCUCGGACAUCAUCGGCCGGCACCUGCCCGGGGUGCCCCGAGCCGGCACCGACCUCCUGCGCGAGGCCGCCCCCGCCCGGCCCGACCCGCCCCCGGCCCGCGGGAAGCCCGAAGCCGGGAGGUGCUGCCAAGACGCAGCCCGGAUGGAGGCCGCCUUCCGCAGCUACAUCCACCGGGCCGAGGCCGGCCAGGAGGAGGACAGCUACGAGAUCCUCGUGGGCCACGCCAACGUCAUCCGCUACAUGGUGUGCAGGGCGCUGCAGUUUCCCCCCGAAGGCUGGCUGCGCCUCUCCCUCAACCACGGCAGCAUCACCCACCUGCUGAUCAGACCCAACGGCCUGGUGGCACUCCGGACCCUGGGGGACACGGGGUUCAUGCCCCCUGACAAGAUCACCCGGUCCUGAGGGAUGCCCAUGACACUGGGACACCCUCCUGCAGCGGGCGACCUGGCUGCAAGCCUGCUUCUCUUCCUCGGGCUUGUCUGCAGGAAGAGGCUGGAAGGGGAAGUAGAAGUGUCUCAAAUGCCACGUUUGGGUGCUUAUUUCUGACCCAGGCUGCAAAGGGAAACUUUUA